ACUUAAUAGAUCGUGAUAGACAUACAGUUAUUUCAAAUAUAAAUUUACAUUUAGUGAUGUUUUGGAGGUCUACUGUACCACGUCUUGUCGAUACGCGUGUAUUGCCUCAAGUGUCUGUUCGUUUGAGCAGAGCACAACUUCAUAACACAUCCUUUUUAAACAGUGGUGGAUCACUCUUUGGUGAUAUAACAAAUGCUCCAAAGCAACCAGAAUCAACUGUAAGUUCAACCACCGACUCUGAAACCGGUUCUAAGGUUCCAGAAAACGCUCAACAAGACAAGGAAUUACAAGAGUUCAGACGAGAAAACGCAUUGAAAGAACAAAUCUCCAUUGAUAAAUAUGUAACACCUUUGAAGCAAAAACUUUUCAAUUUAAAUGUAAAAGCAAAUGGAUUUUUCAAAAAUAAUCAAGUUAUUCAUGAUCCAGAAACUGGUAAGAUGUUCAAAUUAACUUUAAAAGAAAAGGAAAUUGAAUAUUUGGAACCAAGUAUUUAUUUACAAUCUUUGAGAAUUAAAUCUUCAGUUAAGAAGGCUACUUUGGUUAAUCGUUUUGUAAGAGGUUAUAAUGUUAAGACUGCCAUUAAUCAAUUGCAUUUCAACCCAAAGAAAAUGGCCACUGAAUUAGAAAAACUUUUGAAAGAUGGGUUGACUCAAGCUCGUACUCAAGGUUUAAAUGAAGAUGGGUUAUAUAUUGACCAAGUUUGGGCUGGUUCUGAUGGUGGUACUACUAAAAGAGCCGACGCUAAGGGUCGUGGUAGAACCGGUGUUCUUCGUCAUCGUUAUGCUCAUGUUAAGGCAGUUUUAAAGACUGAACAAACUUUACAACGUUUGAAAUGGGAAAAGGAACAAGCUGUAUUGGAAUCUAAGCCAAAGAUGAACUUGAACAAUGAACCAUUGAACUUUAGAGUUAAGCCAUUCUAUAAAUGGUAAAUGGAUCUUUUGGGAGCUAAAUAAUAUGUAUAUAGUAAACAGUCACCAUAGACAAAAAAAAUAAGUAACGCAUUUGCCUCAAAUUCAAAUUAGAAACUCACACACCACCACCUACGUCUUACCACAAAAAAUAACAAUAGUAUAAGAAAUUCAACCUGUAAUUAAUAUAUCUCACAUCAAGUACCUUAUAUCUGGUAACUAUGCCAUACUCUGGUUUUGUGCUCGUUUAGAAAAUACCCUUUCAUGACCUUA